UGUAAAUAUCACUGACCUUGGCACCUGCGCAUCCCUCGUUCUCAAUGCGCCUCCUUCCAUUACUCAGGCUGCCUCGACCACCAACAACACCAGCGCAACUCGACUCAUACUGCAUUUGCGCCUGCUGAUCUUCCACCAUUUCUCAUCCUCUACUUACCUGCAGUCGAAUCCUAAACGACACUCACCGUUCUCCCUCUUCGACAACUCUAGAUUCCCUUUCCUGUCCGAUACAAACCUCCUCCGACUCACGGCCGAUUGCCUCCCUCGUCACUACCGCCCCCUCCCUCUUCUCCUGCCCUCUUGUCCUCACGUAUUGUUACCCCCACGAAAACAAAACAACUCAAAGUCUCGCUUCUUCUAGCCCGCGCCUUGUUCGAUUUGUGGCUGCAUCGACGAGACCGUCCUUGUUCUGGCCGAAGCUUCCAACCGUCCGCAACCUGCACCUUGAAGCACAGGAAACACGUGUUGACUACCGCGCCAUGACUGUCUUCACGUCGAUUGUUGUGUUCGAUCCUCUUCACUGAACCGUUGGCCUUGGAUGCCAUCUCCGCAAGACAAAACACAUCUCUUUAUUGAUCAAAUAAUCCCAUCAAACCUCUACCGCGAACAAUCCGUCAAGCGCGGCCAACCACUCCACAAUGGCAGACGAUAUACGUUUUCGAAUAUCACCACUCCACACCCGAAAUAUGAGUACUGUCACCGUCGAAUCCGACAGUUCGGAUAGUUCUCCCUGCCCUGGGGACGACGAAGACACCGACUACUUCAUGGCUCAUCCCAAUGAUUCUCAAUCUUCCCUGGGCGCAGUUACCGCUAUUCGAGACUGUGACGAUGACAUUGAUCUCGAGCAGAUCCAUCGCCUUUCACCGAUCUCGAAACUGCCCCCGGAAAUCCUGAUGGCCAUUCUGGCCAAAUUGACGAGUACGGCCGACCUAAGAAACUGCAUGUUGGUUUCUUACCAUUGGGCAUUGUAUUCCGUGGGCAUUCUUUGGCAUAGGCCAUUAUGCAGCAAAUGGUCAAACCUAUUAAGCGUGGUUUCGGCGCUGGGACAGGGCGAAAGAAGCUAUUUCCCAUAUCAUGAGAUGGUCAAGAGACUCAAUCUUUCAGCAAUCGCGGAUAAAAUCAAUGAUGGAACGGUUCAGCCUUUUAUGAAUUGCAAGGCUGUUGAACGUCUCACGCUGACGAAUUGCUCCAAAUUGACCGAUUUUGGUGUGGCCGGACUCGUCGACGGAAGUAAAAAACUGCAAGCGCUGGAUGUAACAGACAUUGAUGCUUUGACGGACCGGACGCUGCAUGUGGUGGCUGAGAACUGUGCCAAACUGCAAGGCCUCAACAUCACCAACUGUUCAAAUAUCACUGACGAGUCUCUGAUGGAGAUCGCAGAACAUUGUCGUCAACUCAAACGACUGAAACUCAAUGGCGUGGUGCGAGCAACAGACGCCUCCAUCACUGCAGUCGCGAGGAACUGCCGAUCGAUCCUGGAAAUUGACUUGGCUGGCUGUCAUUCUAUCAGUUCUGAAUCUGUUACAGCCCUCUUGUCCAAUUUGUCCCAUCUGAGGGAACUACGGUUGGCGCAUUGCACCGAUAUCAACGAUUCUGCCUUCACCAAUCUCUCGCCGAGACUGUCAUUCGACGCCCUGAGGAUAUUGGAUCUUACGGCAUGCGAACAUGUACGGGAUGAUGCAAUCGCGAGAAUCAUUCCAGCAGCACCACGGUUGCGAAACUUGGUCCUGGCCAAAUGCCGGCAUAUCACGGAUCGUGCGGUAGCAUCUAUAUGCAAAUUGACCAAAAACUUGCACUACAUCCACCUGGGACAUUGCGUCAACCUGACCGACAAUGCGGUCAUCCAGCUGGUCAAAGCCUGCAAUAGAAUCAGGUACAUUGACCUGGCUUGUUGUUCACGCCUCACCGACGCGAGUGUCCGUCAUCUGGCACAACUACCAAAAUUACGCAGAAUUGGUCUGGUCAAGUGCCAAAAUCUGACGGACUCCAGCAUCAUGGCUCUGGCUCACGGUCCGGUUUUGUUUAGUCCUACUGGCAAACUUGGCGUCCCUCAGCAGUUCGUGUCCCUUGAACGGGUUCAUCUCAGUUAUUGUGUCAAUCUCACUCUCAAGGGCAUCACUGCACUGCUUCACAAUUGUCCUCGACUCACUCAUCUUUCCUUGACGGGUGUACAAGCUUUCCUUCGGGAAGACUUGACUCGAUUUUGUCGAGACGCCCCGGCCGAGUUUACCCAUCCACAGCGCGAUGUCUUUUGCGUCUUUUCUGGGGAAGGUGUUCAGCGACUUCGAGACUAUUUGCUGCGAAUGGCUAUGGACGAGAUUGAGCGAGAAGGCCGUCAGGCUAUUGAUGACAGUCUCCUCGAUGGAGUGGACAGUCCUGGUGCAGAUACGGUUUCGGAUGAUGGAACAAUUGACGGAAACGACCAAUUAAUGGACCCGGUUCUGAAUCCACAUCGUCAUGGAGCCCCCUUUACGACCACACCACGGUCACGGCAACAACGUCCUCGGAGCCUGCACGAGCUUCCGAGCUAUCACAUCGAGAUGCCUUUCGUACCCUCGGAACAAGUAGGACCAUGGACACCAGGAGUAGCAUUUGGGCACGAGGAUCGCACAAACCUCGCCCCGGCUCACCUUAAUCUGAUGAACACGGCGCAUCUUUUCCAGCAAGAUGGCUUUGAACGUCGACCUAGAAGUCCGGCAGCAUCUCCGCUGUUUGUCCCUGUACAUUAUGGCGACCGUCCAAGAAGUUCAUCGCGGACACCGUCUAGGCGACAUACUCUCGAAUCCUCUGAUGGCUUGUUUGGCCCCCCGCCUGUGCCGAUGCACGGUUUUGGUGAAGGCAGCUCAAGACCAGUGGACAUAGGGAGUGGCCGUUAUGCGCCUGAUCGAAGAGCGAGUUAUUUUGGUGUGGAGGAUUCUCGAACGCAACAAGGAUACCCCAACGAACACCUUUUCGCAUCAGAAGGUUCCAGGAGGCCGAUGCCUGGAGCAGCUCUCAGAAACCCUAGCGACGUGCGAGUUUCAUACCUCCGACCUGAACCGGGUUUCAGUGCCUUUGAUGCCAACCACGAAGCGAUCAUGUCGACAAUCCCUGGAAGCCGCUCUGGUAGUCGACAUGCAUCAAGGUCCAAUAGCCCUCAAGUGUCGCGUGUCAAUAGUCGAUCAAGACUAGGCAACUUGCUAGUUCCACCACGGAGUUAUGCAUCGACACCACCUAGUCAGACAGAUUCAGGUGGCCGUACUAGUAGAGCGGCACGGAGUCGCGAGAGAUCCCGGUUAAGAGAGGAAGCACACAGAGAAGCCAUGUUACAAGCCCUGGCCGAGGCAGAUGCCGCUCAGCAACUCGGGCCUGAGAUUCCUCGGAUCGAUACGGACCAUCCAACUGAACUGCCAUUGUUGCCCCCUGAAAUGAUGGAGCGUGUCGUGAUGACUCCGGUAACGCCGAUGGAUUCAAGUACAGAGCUCCCAGUCGAACCUCGGGAGCAAGCACCGACAGAGAACGUCGAUCAAGACGUGACAAUGACUCAAUGAAGAGAACGACAUAUAUGCUGAUGGGACGGUAGUACAAGUAUUUAAUUGGGGCGUGAAGCAUUGGUGAUGAUUCAAUAGGGUGUCUUGACACGACUCAAAAGCCGCACGGAUUGGCAUGGGAAUCAUCUGGGUUUUUGGUCUGGAAGGAGAAUAGUCGAUUACAGCAUCAUUUUUCAUUAUCGAAAGAGAAUCUUCAAGCAAGCGUGGAGUUUCAAAACGGAAGUGUGGGUAAGCAAGACGAAACCAGGCUUUUUCUUCUUGGUAUCGACUUUACUACCUUCAUGGUACGGAUUUUCCAAUAGCCAUGAGGUUUCACUUUGGUGGUCAGCAAUGGGGACAGCAGCCCUUGUUUGUCUAGCUUUAGAGGUUAGCAUCCUGAGCGAGUGUGCAGCAUUAUCAGCAAAUUGAUGUAUUCGUAUUCUGUGUCUGUGUUUGUGUCUAUUUAUCUGGAGGUUGACUUCAAAAGGCGAACCGCCG